AUGGACAAUCAUGUUGAGACUGUGAAACAUAUAUCGGCUCGUUUGAAAGACUUGUACUCACGGAAAGUGCAAUUCCGAAUAUUUCACGGCUCUACCAACUCGACCAGGAACCACUCGAUCGACCGAAGCAGGAUGAUCGACACCAGUUCUCUAAAUCGUGUCCUCUCUGUGAACAAGUCAACAAAAACAGCAUUGGUGGAGCCCAAUGUUCCAAUGGACAAGCUGGUCGAAGUAACACUACCUCUUGGCUUGGUACCUCCUGUGGUAAUGGAAUUUAAAGGCAUCACUGCUGGUGGGGGUUUCAGUGGCACAGGAGGAGAGUCUUCGAGCUUCAAACAUGGCUCUUUCGACUGUACUGUAAACUGGAUCGAGAUCGUGCUGGCUGAUGGAGAAGUCGUCAAGGCCUCUCCAGAAUCGAAAGCGGAUCUUUUCUAUGGCGCAACUAGUUCCUUGGGCACGCUGGGAGUGACAACUCUGAUGGAGAUACAGCUCGUCGACGCAGCGAGAUACGUCGAAACCACGUACACCCCAUGCAAGUCGCUGGAAGAGACCCUGGAGAAGGUCAAGACCGCAUGCGGAGACUCUGAGAACGACUACGUCGACGGGUUUCUCGUAUCUCGGCACCGAGGUAUAGUUGUCACUGGCCGUCUGACAUCUUAUGUAUCUCGUGCGACACGCAUACAAAGAUUCCAAGGUCCUCGAGAUCCGUGGUUUUACAUGCAUGCGGACCGAUCGACACAAAAAGCUGGCGGCCCGGUCACAGAGGCUGUACCUUUGGCCGACUAUCUCUUCCGUUAUGAUCGCGGUGCUUUCUGGAUGGGCAAAUACGCCUUCAACUAUUUUAUGGUCCCCUUCAAUCGUAUAACCCGAUGGGCUCUGGACGACUUUAUGCAAACAAGCACGAUGUAUCAUGCUUUGCAUGCCAGUGGACACAUGCAACAGUAUAUUAUCCAAGACCUAGCAAUUCCAGCUGCAAACGUCAGAGACUUUAUCGUUGCAGUCGACAAGACAUUUGGGUUUUAUCCUCUCUGGUUAUGCCCAAUGAAGCCAUGGACACAGCAGUCUUCUUUCCAUCCGCAGGCCAUCGGAACCGAUCUGCUUAUCAACGUCGGUGUCUGGGGUCCGAAUGGAGCGAAUAAUCCAGCAGAGGCAGUCGAGCGAAACCGCCAUUUGGAGAGCCUUGUGCGAAAUCACGGAGGCAGGAAAUGGUUGUAUGCUCAAGCAUUCUAUUCCGAAACAGAGUUCUGGGAAAUUUACGAUGAAAAGUCAUAUCGGGAACUGAGGAGCAAGUACAAAGCCGAGCAUCUGCCUAGUGCUUUUGAUAAGGCUUGUGUUCAAAGUAGUGGUGAAAGCCCUCAAGGAUGGAGAUCUUGGGCUACCGAGAAGGUAUGGUCCACUUGGCCGAUAUCUGGAGUCUACGGCGUCCUCCAAACUUUGGUCAGCAAAGAGUAUUUGCUCAAGAAGUGA